AUGAUGCCACCGCGGUACGCGACGCUCCCGAUGCAGCCGGCGCACUACGGGCCGCAGCUCUACUACCCGGUACAUGACGCUCGCAUGCGCCGUCGUCGUUCGCCGCGUGCGACCACCGAGCGGCGUCGGCGAGAACCUCGAGAGCGCGACACACAGCUCGCUCGCUCGCUGGAGCGUAUCCACCGCAAAAGAAGAGCUGAACGUGACCACAUCACUGACGCUGACCUCAAACGGACUUACACCGGACUCGACAGGGCUUACGCUGAGCAGUUUAUAGCAGUGUGCGAUGAGAGUCGACACGCAGCCGAGCAACAUGAUUCCCUAGUUUCAACAUCAGCUACAAGUGAUACCAGCCAGUCGCAUAAUGAGUUAGCUUAA